GCGAGCGGAUGAGAGGAGGAGAGGGAUGCCAAAAAAAUGAAACUCCUCAGCACUAAUUUCUCACAUGUCUCUGAGGGAGAACAUGAAGACAAACCGGACGACAUUCUUGGUGGAUUAAUACCUAUUUUCACCAUUGAGUGAGCGUCACGGCUACAGAAACGGCAGGGACACGCAUUUUUGAGUUGAAAAGCGACCAUAUUGAGGUCAGAGGAAAGCGUUGCCAAGGCGACCAGCUUGCUAGGGAGGACACUGCGGCGCGCGUCAUACUCCGAGAACGAGCGUGCGUGCUCGCGAGGGUGCGCACGUGCGCGCGAGACAGCUCUCCGAGGCGGUUACGGCGUCCACAGCAGCAGCAGCGGCAGCGGAGGCAGCAUCUCUUCACACGAGACUACCGGAACAUCCCGCAGUCUGUGCCCGCUGUUACCGAGACGAGCUGAAGCUAACCGAGGCUUGAAUUGGUGCUUGGCGGUGUCAAAGGUCUCCUUCAGGGGAUUUAUUGAGGAUUUACCGACGAAAAACGCAACAAAAAAACAGAGCCACCAUUGGUCUGCACAGGUGACUCUUCCCGGCUGUCAAAUCUCCCGAGAGCCUGCAGACACGAGUUGUUUGGGGGUUGUUUUCGGUCGUUAAAGGCCUAUGUAAAAACAGACAAUCCUCCUGAAGCUGUCAGCCGAGAAAUUAAUGAAAAUACUGCCGAGCUGGAGAAGACGGGGACUAAGCCGAGCCUGCAAGCUCGGACGGGGAAUGAUACUAAAGCCUGCCGUAUGUGCUGUGUAAUGCGGUAGAGCAGCUUCAUUUUUUUGGUGCCCUGUCUCUACUCAUGAAGUCCCACCUGCCUCCCCAGUUGGAUUGAUAAAGUGCUGUCAAGCUGGUGGAGGUUUUUGUAUUUAUUUUUUCUGAAACGAGCACUUUUUUUUUUGCUCGCUUGACAUUUACCACCGCUGGAGGAAGGUUUAGUGAAGAGGAGAAGGAGACAUCUGAGGACGAACACAUCAUCGGGAAUCUGGCGUCCCAGCUGCAACCGUGGAUCACAAAUGAACAGAAUUCCGCAGCUGUAGAAAACAAUCUGGAUAAUGGGGGACCAAUAGGGAUGAAACGAAACAGAACCAUGGCUAGGGAAGCGUUUCGGAUCCUUGUUGCUCUGAACCAACACUGACCUGGCACCCACACUGAGGACCCUUCUUUCCCCCCAACAGCUGCUUUGCCCUCCAUCUCACUGUUACUCAGCACUCCUGGUCUUGAUCAAACCUUCAAAAAAGCUCCACAUGGUAUUUUAGGGUUAGUGGUGCUUCCAGACUGGUGGUUAUAAUCCCAUAUAAAGGACUGUAUUUCUCCAGAACAGACUAUAAGCAGUUGGCUGAACAGUACGCAUCCAACCAUGCAACCUCUUCCACUUGCUCGAAGUAAACAAAGGCAACGGGGUUUGUUGUCCAGGACGCUACCCCUUAGUCUCAUGACAGACUGGUGCCUAAUGGGUGUGCUCGGCCUCAUCCUGCUCUGCAGCCUGGCUUCGAGCCAGAAGAUGGACCCUUCCAAAAACCCCAUAGUCACCACCAACUACGGCAAGAUCCGAGGCAUCAAGAAGGACUUGAACAACGAGAUCCUGGGCCCUGUAGAGCAGUACCUGGGCGUCCCCUACGCCACGGCACCCAUCGGCGACCGCCGCUUCCAGCCGCCCGAAGCCCCGGGAUCCUGGCAGGAGAUCCGCAACGCCACCCAGUUUGCCCCUGUGUGCCCUCAGAACGUCCACGGCGUGCUCCCGGAGAUUAUGCUUCCCGUUUGGUUCACGGACAACCUGGACGUGGCGGCGGGUUACAUCCAGAACCAGAGCGAGGACUGCCUCUACCUCAACGUCUACGUGCCCACAGAGGAUGGUCCGCUCACAAAAAAACAUGAUGAAUCUUCAAUGAACAAGCCUCGAGACGAAGAUAUUCGUGACCGCAGGAAGAAGCCGGUGAUGCUGUUUAUCCACGGAGGCUCCUACAUGGAAGGCACCGGAAACAUGUUUGACGCCAGCGUCCUGGCCGCCUACGGCAACGUCAUCGUGGUCACCAUGAACUACCGACUGGGCGUGCUCGGCUUCCUCAGUACCGGCGAUCAGUCUGCUAAGGGGAACUACGGCCUGCUGGACCAGAUUCAGGCCCUGCGCUGGCUCAACGAGAACAUCGGCCACUUCGGAGGAGACCCAGAGAGGAUCACCAUCUUCGGUUCCGGAGCUGGGGCGUCCUGCGUCAACCUCCUCAUCCUCUCGCACCACUCGGAAGGUCUGUUCCACAGGGCCAUAGCUCAGAGUGGAACAGCCAUCUCCAGCUGGUCCGUAAACUACCAGCCCCUCAAGUACACAAAGAUCCUGGCCCGGAAGGUGGGCUGCACGUACACAGAGACGGCCGACCUAGUCGACUGCCUGAGGCGCAAGAACUUCCGGGAGCUGGUGGACCAGGACAUCCAGCCAGCCCGCUACCACAUCGCCUUUGGCCCCGUGGUGGACGGAGACGUGGUGCCCGACGACCCUGAGAUCCUCAUGCAGCAGGGGGAGUUCCUCAACUAUGACAUCCUGAUAGGAGUGAACCAAGGCGAGGGGCUGAAGUUUGUGGACGACAGUGAGGACAAUGACGGCAUCACAGCUGCUGCUUUCGACUACACCAUCUCCAACUUCGUGGACAACCUCUACGGCUACCCUGAAGGCAAAGACAUCCUGAGGGAGACUAUAAAAUUCAUGUACACAGACUGGGCAGACAGAGACAAUGGCGAUAUGCGAAGGAAGACCCUCUUAGCGCUGUUCACAGACCACCAGUGGGUGGCGCCGGCAGUGGCCACCGCCAAACUCCACGCCGAGUUUCAGUCUCCGGUUUACUUUUACACAUUUUACCACCACUGCCAGACGGAGACGCGCCCCGAAUGGGCCGAUGCCGCACAUGGAGAUGAGAUACCGUACGUAUUUGGCGUGCCCAUGAUCGGUGCUACGGAUCUGUUCCCAUGCAACUUCUCGAAGAACGAUGUGAUGCUGAGUGCCGUGGUCAUGACUUACUGGACCAACUUCGCCAAGACUGGGGACCCCAACCUGCCAGUCCCUCAGGAUACCAAGUUCAUUCACACAAAGCCCAACCGCUUUGAAGAGGUCAUCUGGACCAAGUUCAACUCCAAGGACAAGCAGUACCUCCAUAUUGGCUUAAAACCUCGUGUUAGGGACAACUACAGGGCCAACAAGGUGGCAUUCUGGCUGGAGUUAGUCCCCCAUCUCCACAGUCUACAUGAGGAGCUCUUCCCCACAACCACCCGCUCUCCGUCGGGUCCUGGCUCAGGCAGCCAGAGACCCUGGCCAAGAACACCGGGCCCUCGCACCACGCGUCACCCCUACCCUACCUUCCCGUCUGAUCCGGAGCCUUAUGGUUCGGAGCGUCCACGGCAGGAGCUUUUCCCCGGAGACACCCGGGACUAUUCGACUGAGCUGAGUGUGACAGUCGCUGUGGGAGCGUCACUGCUCUUCCUCAACAUCCUGGCCUUUGCCGCACUUUACUACAAGCGUGACAAGCGGCACGAGAUGCGACGACACCGGCUGUCUCCCCAACGGGGCGGGCCAGCCAAUGAUCUGGCACACAGCCAGGAGGAGGAGAUCAUGUCGCUGCAGAUGAAGCACUCGGAGCACGACCCUCACCACGACAUGGAGCCUCUCCGGCCCCACGACAUCCUACGACCCGCCUGCCCGCCCGACUACACGCUGGCGCUGCGCCGUGCCCCCGACGACGUGCCACUGAUGACGCCUAAUACCAUAACCAUGAUCCCCAGUACCAUCACUGGCAUGCAGCCUCUUCAUGCCUUCAACACGUUCCCCUCCACCGGCCACAACAACACCCUGCCCCAUCCCCACUCCACCACCAGGGUAUAGUAGGGACUAAGGACCAGAAAUACUGGCUCGAGAAGGGAGGCCUCUGGAUUUGGGCCUUUGUUCUGUUCUCUUAUACUCUUGUUUCUCCAAAAACAACUCCACCUCCUCCAUCAUGCUGUCAAACUUAGCAGCUCCACUGGUGGCGUGUGGAGAAGCAACUGAACUGCAUGGCAGCAGAUGAUCAGUUAAGGGGUGACUCAGAUCUUUCAAAGAUACUUUCUUCAAAGGUCUGCUCUUUCUAGACUGAAGCCCCCUGACAUUUGUCAGAAGAACGAAUGCUUUUUUCGACCCUUGCAGUUUCCAUCAUCUUCUUCUUUUCGCUCCCUGGUGUGUUAUGUGCAUAUAUUGUUCUCUUUUCUACAUCUGUGUCUCCUUCCCUGCUUUGUUCCUCUCAUUCAACAUGUGGUUCUCUCCCUCUCCCUAGCGCUCCUUUGCUCCAAGGACUCACAAGCAGCUGAGCUGUAGGAGUGGGCAUAGAGUACAUACAGUAAUCACAUAGCUAUGAAAACAUUGAUAUCUGAUACUUUCAUUACUACCAGCAUUCUUUGUGCCAAGUAUGUACUACUGUGUUUGCAUCGAGGGAGAAAAAAACUAAAGAAGAUUCUCGAGUAUUCCUAUUUACUGUCAAUGAACAGAUGCUGUGUGUUCUCAUGACAAAGUGCCAAACUGGCCCUUGAUUGUGUUUUAUUCUUUCUCACAUCUUCUGUUCUCUUUUUUUUUUUCAAGCAUUUGUUUAAUUGUUGUUUUUUGUGGAAAGAUCUUUUUGCUGAAAAUAUAGAUAUAGAGAAAUGAUAUUAUAUAUAGUUAUAUAUAAAUGUGUACAAAGGAGAAAGUAUAUAAAUGGGUUUUCUCAGUGGGGAUCUAUGCAUGAAUUAUUUUUAAAGAGGAUGACGGGGGCGGGGGGGCGGGGAGGACACUGUAUCUGUCAAUGCACGUUUCCCAAAUCUAAUCAAAUCAUAUCGGUCCACUCUGGAUAUCUUGUUUUAUCUCACAGAUCAAAAGCAACACAGAAGAUCCUGUGGUAUCCCUUCACGUCCAAACAUUUAUUAUAAAAAAAAAAGAGUAAUCGCCACAAAUCUCAUGAGCUGUUGAAUAACUCUUCCAAUCAUUUUCUCCUAUAUGACGUUAUUUAGAGGGUUUUCUCCCACAAGGUGUGAAACCACGCUAACCUUCCCAUCUGUAUGAAGACGAUCGUUUUUUAGGGUACCAAAUCUGUCGUUUUAGCUUGCCUGUACAGAAUUAUUUUUGUAUGUCAGUAAGGGUGAGAAACAAAACAGAAACAGGCAGCCUUUGCUCUUUAGCGUACACCGUCCUCCUGUCUGCACCCCUAUUUCCAGCACAUGCAUAUUCUGUUUUAUUUGUGCCUGUUGUCAGAACUGUUUAACAUGGGCGUCAGUGGGCCCUAAUUAAACAGCAAUGACAUAGAGAGGCAGACAGGCAGGAUCCCCCCUGUGGUAAAAAAACGUAGGGCUCCGUCCAGCUGCGUACGCCAACAUCCCGCUCCAUAUCUACAGCACUUACUCCCCUCCCACUGAUUUCUGGCACCCAUAUUGCGGUGAUCGCCCGCGACCGACUCCCUGCCGUGACCGCAAAACUCAGAAACACCUGACUUCACUGUGUCAGCUGCGUUCCACACAAUUUCCGACCUCAGUUCAGCUCUCACAUUCAAGGGUUAAUUCACUAAGCUUGUGACUUUUUUUGUGUUGUAAAUUAAACUUUAAGCACACUGAGGGUAACCGUGGCCUGCAUCGCAGAGCUGCAAGAUGAAAAAGGGGUUCGGAUCUCCUAAACAGGGUAAAAGCAACACAGUGGACAGCUGCUGUCUCUGAUUCUGCUCCUUUCUUUGGAGUAAGAGUGUGCAGGCCAACAGCGAUUCCCCUCACCUCCUCCAAUUCUCUGCUGGAUCUCAAAAAUGGGUAAUCUCUGGUUAGUACAGUACGUUAAUGAACUGUUGUUUGAGCCCACAGGAACACAUGGUAGCCUACAUCCCGUAUGGGAUAAGUCACUGGUGCUGUCUUUGCUUGUGCCCUAGCUUUAGCCUGUUUGUUUGGUUUCUAUUUUAUUACUGCCUACCAGGGUAGCGGGGGAGGGCUGUAGAGGAGGAGAUAUACCUGGCUGCUCCUGUCAGAGAUGUUGUAAGCCCGCUGAAAAGGAAUUGUGCACAAUGUAAAACACAAAACAACUGACUUGGGUGUGCUGCCCGUGGAUAAAUGCUGUGGAACAGAUGAUGGACAGCGAGGGGAAAGGUGCACACUGCGGAAAAUAAACUUCGGGAGGAAAUAGGAAAAAGACUUAGCAGCCUUAAAUGUAGAAAUCACAGGAGGAUGAACUAAUCAUUAGCAAAUAAAGACAUUCAAAGGCAUGACCAUCUUUCUACCCACAAUGUUUGACAGGAGGAUACCCUGCUCAUCGUCCCAUGGAGGGACUGAUGGGUGUAAUCUACUCACUGCUGCAGAUAAUGAGGCAGUGAGUGGUUGUGAGGUUAACCUCACCACAGCUACAAUGACACCAUCAGAGGUGAAAACAGCAACAAGGUCUUCAGUUUGGUCUGUUUUCCCCUGUCUAUUUUAUAAGCUAACACUGGAGGGCAGCGUUGAGGCGGCUUCACUGCAGUCAACCCACUCUGAGGAAACUGGAUGUGUGAAGAAAACCGCCAAAAUGGACAGCAAACAGACACUCAACAUCUGGAAGAAGAUCAAAACUGUACAUUUUUAUGUGUAAGAAUCAAACAGACAAAAUAUUUGUAAAUAUUAAGUUUCUUGUUUGUUUUUUCUUUUUUUCUUUUUGAGUGAAUGAAUGAAAUGCUUACUUUGUGACAACAAAAAGACAACAGGUGCAGUUUGCAAAAGAAAGGGCCACCAGCUUGAGGUUUCACAUCGACUGCUUGCCGACAUCCCUUUCAUGCCAUUCAAAAAUGACCUUUCCCUUUACUUUGUGUCAUGUCGCCCAUUAUCACGUGGGUAUCCUGUAGCAUCCUGAUUCAUUAGCAGGAAAGUCACUGUAGCAGAAAUUCAUCUCCACUGCAGCCCACACACGACAGAGGGCCCCAGACUCUGUAGUUAGUUUGAAUAUUACAAUUUAAAAUGUAAAAAUAUAGUUUAAGUCUUGUUUAUCUGAGGUUGUAGGGGGUUAAUUACUCUGCAUUUUGUUAUUCUCUUUUUGGUUUAAGCUUUAGCAAUCUAUUACUUAGGGAUAUGAUCCAACUAUUGUCCUGAUGAAUGUGUGAGGGAUUUAACUUCAAAGUAUUUAUGGAGGCUAAGAGCACUGAUAAAAGCAAACUAACCUAGGACCUGGCGUUUGAACAAUGGUCAAGACACUAAACACAAAGACAGUUCAAUGUUAGCUCACUUCACAUGUAGCAGUGUUAACCUGUGGCCCCUAAACACGUGGGCCCACAUGAGGGCUUUGAUACCAAGAUGCCUCACAGAGUAAUGAGAUCACACAGCUGGGCUGACCUUUUCCCUACACUCACUGUGUUGCAUUGUGAUCAUGGAGGUUGUGUGGACCAUUUGAUGUAGCAGUGAACAGUUUCAUCUUCGUAACCGUGAAGAAAGGGAGGACAUUUUAAGUAAAUCUCAAAAAGGCCAGUGCACUUACAGAGGUUGAAUGUGUGUGUUUAGCGGUGGAUCAGACUGGAUGUAUGUAGACACACCUAGACUCAACACACUGCAGUCAGACAAGCAAACCAAAAUGACUUUAUAUGGCCCACGGUAAAGACAGUGACACACCCACACAACCUCCAUUGCGGAGUUGCACCUGUUGUCUUGUUUUUACAUUAUUUGUUGAAUUCAGAAACCCAAGACUUGAGAUGAAGAAAAAUGUUAAAUAAUGGAAUUUAAAAAAAAAGAUGAUUAUUAAAAAAAAGUAUAGUAAAACUAUAUAAAUAAAUGAGCUGAUGAUAUUUCUGUUUACUUUAGAAGUUAUUAUACACUGUAUGCUGUGAUUCUGAUCUGGGAAACAUUAAAGACAUUCAUAGCCA